AAGAGCCUUAUUCCCUAUUCAUGCACUGCCUCCAUUACUGCUAUUCACGUAGCAACAGCUCUUGGAAAACGCAAACUUCUUAGAGAAAUUUUGUCAGAUAGAUUGACUCCAGUGGGCAGUUUAUGUUUUCAUUUUGAGACUGGAUAUCACAGUAUUUCCCCUUUUCAUACUGCAGUGUUGCAUAGAAAAUACAAAGUCAUUGAUUUUCUGAGAAAGAAAUUUCCAAGCAUGGCUGGCAACAUGGAUAGACACUUCGACCGUGGAAAUAUCACUCCCUCUACCUUGGCAGCACAAAUGAAUGAUGUUUCUGCUUUAGAACACCUACUGAAAGACAAACAAUGUUUCAGUGGUAUGAACUCGAAGGCAUUGCUUGUUUCUCUGGAAAACAGAUCUAUGGACUGUGUAGAGUUUCUCGUCAAAAGAAACCAUGUUCGACUAGACAGCAGAGUCCUGGCUAUGAAUCGAGAUGUAUCACAUUUCUUUAACUUACACAAGUCUGAUCCAACCGUCAAACUGCUUAAAGAUUUGAUCACACAACCUUCAGAAAGAGACUUCCUCAAACUGAUAGUGGAUUACGAAUGUUUCCCGGUUUACUUCAUUGUUUCUUUAUGUAUAUACCUUGAUGCCACUGAGACAACAAAGUUUCUACUUGAAUCCACAAAAGCCAAUUCAAUUACAAAGUUUUCAAAAUUUAUGAAUCUGGUUACCUUGGCAACACUAAAAAACUCACCCAGCCUUCUCAAGGUACUUAUUAGAUAUGUUAGAUUUCGGCAUACCUUCCACUAUACAGUUUGUUCUCCAUUAUACUGGGCAAAAAUGUUGCACUAUGAUGCAUGUGUGAAGAUCUUGGAAAAGCCAUUAUAUUAUUGUCGUAAACAAAAAGAAAUAAAUGACUCUGACUUUGCAACAGUCCCUCCAUUUCCUGCUCUACUUCUGGAGACAAAUGUGAUUGAAAUCGAUCUGCUUGGAAUUGUAAGAAAACUGAAGGAAUUUGGAUACAACAUCAAUGCAGCCAUAACAACAGGUUCAUCCUGCCUGAAUUUAGCCACAGAUCAGAGGAACACAUCUGCUUCUGUUAAGAAGAAUGGCACACUUGUUAGUCUUUUGCUUGAACUAGGAGCAGACGUAUUUGCUACAAAAAUGUAUCAAAUUCGUGGGCAAGGGAUGAACCCAUCAAUGCUGCUGCGUAUGCUUUUGGCCAAUGUUGACAUCAGUGGACCACAAACUGCAGAGCUGCAAAGCUCUAGACCACAGAUUAUCAUGCCACUAGUCAAUAGUGAAAUGCAGUUGUUAACAUUACGUACUGCACACACUAUUUGUAAAGAUGAUGUUGAAUUCUUGAGAACAAAGUUAAAGGAAAUGACAGAUUUGGAGGGAUUUGAUAGAAACACCAGAAUGUAUCAAGAUCUCAAAGACCACCUCGAUGAAUACGUUGACAAUCCCCAGACACUGAGGCGCCUUUGCAGGAAUUUUAUUCGUAGAACAACUGGCAUUCACUUACACAACUUUCUGAAGGGUCAAAUCUUACCACAGAGGCUGGUCAAUAUAUUGACACUGAAAGACGAUUUGGAGCCAUAUUGGCAGAGCUGUGAAGAGAACCAGUUUUGGAAAUACGGUUAUGAUCAUUAAAACUGUUCAGGUAAAGUUUACUACUACAUACAUGUAGGUUAGUAUCAUGUAGAAGAGUUCUCCUCCCAACCACUUACUGGGUGUGGUACCUAACCUUUCUACAGUUACCUCCCCUGUUAAACAUUGC